AGCGUCAGCGACAUUUCUGUUUGGCGCUGUAAGUUUGAACCUAAGGAACAUAAUCACAUGUGCCUGUUACGAAAAUACUGCGGUGAUAGGCGCUGAUAUGGUCGAAUGUUCCGAACGAGCGGUAGUGUACGCUCGCACGACCAGUGCCAACCGCCCGUGACAACAGCAACGACAGUGUUGGACUACGUACGAUGGGAGAUGGUCGCAUCAACGGACACUUCAGCCAAGCUUGGGGACUCCAUACAGGAUUACGAAGUGUUCAACUUCCUCGGAAAAGGCGGAUUCGCCGAGGUGUACCGCGCCAGGUCAAGACGAAACGGACUCGAAGUAGCGAUAAAAAUGGUGGAUAAGAGUAUUCUGAGGCGCACUGGUGUCAGUAGCACCAGGGUUCAACAGGAAGUUGCCAUCCAUUCCAGGCUGAAACACCCAUCUGUUGUUGAGCUGUACAAUUACUUCGAGGACCGCCAGUACGUGUAUCUUGUGGUGGAGUACUGCCCCGGCGGAGAGCUGCAGAGCUACCUGAAGUCGCGCAAGGACCCUCUCAGCGAGCCUGAGGCCAGUCAUGUGUUGGCCCAGGUGGUAUCAGGACUCCUCUACCUUCACUCUCACAACAUCCUUCAUCGAGAUUUAAGCCUCUCCAACCUUCUCCUCACUCAGAAUCUCGACGUGAAAAUCUGUGACUUUGGGCUGGCUACACAAUUGAAGAAUCCGUGGGAACGGCACACCACUCUCUGCGGCACGCCAAACUUCAUGUCACCUGAGGUGGCUGCCCAGAGUCCACAUGGCUUGGAGGCAGACGUGUGGAGCCUGGGUGUGAUGCUACACACGUUCUUGCUCGGUCGCCCUCCUCCCAACAACUGGACAACGUGUUCCCUCGAACUUCCCAGCUCCUUAUCACCGGCAGCAAGGCACCUGCUGUGCCAGCUCUUGCAGAGGAGCCCCCAGCGCAGGAUACCGCUGCGAUCCAUUCCAGAGCAAGCGUUCAUGCUACAACCUGGCCAGCCUCUGCGACCUCUUUCUUCCAAAAUGGAGCCUCCCAAGAAGCCACUGAACACGGCAGGCCUUCGGCCUACUCGUCUUUGGGCACGGAACAUGCGACUGAGCAUCCUUGAGGACGGAGAAGUGUGCAUAGAGUUCCUGGGGGCUGACCUGAUUGUGAGCCGUGUUCUGCGUGUGUCGGGCGACGGAAGACGCGUGAUGCUGUAUCGGCCAGCCAUGCAUCGUGUCCUACCGGACGCGCCACCACCUCCGAUUUCGUCCAACUGCCAGACACGAUCGUGGGAUGCACUGCCACGCCCCUACUGGCCCAAGUAUGCCUGCGCAGCUCGCUUCGUUGACCUGGUGCGCCAGAAGACGCCCAAGAUCAUCUUCUACGCUGAUGCUGCACUGUGUAUCCUCUUGGGCAAUGGCGACUUUGAGGCCAGUUUUUACUCAGGUUCGAAGGUGGUACGCAGUAGUGAGCAAAUAAAGUUGACCGACGCAUCGGGUUGCGAAGAGCAGCUGGCUCUGCCCAUAGACACCAGCCUGCUAACACCUACCCAGGCCCAACUAUGGAAACUCACUUGCGAGUACCACAGACGCUGCGUGGCUCUAGAAUCUGCUCUGGAAGCCACUGAUGAAGGCUGGAACAUUUACCCUGCAGUGUUUGGCCGGCGACCCCACAGCAAACAAGCCAGGCUGGGCUCCUACUUUUCCAAGGACUACGGCAGCGCGCUGUCUCCACUGGAAAACCUAGGCAGCUGCUUCACAGGAGGGACGUGCACAUCAACACCCACAUUGCCCCACCAGCAAGGUCUCCCACACACAAAUCGCUUUUUGUAAAUAAACCACAGCCUGCCACUUUAUUGGCUUUAAAAGGAGGGGGGGGGGAGAAGGAGAUAAAAACAAUAAAAAGAAAUGCUACAUCACACUUGGCAACUCCCUGCUACAAAGCGGGGGCUCCUUGGACGGAAAGCCACAGGCAUUAUUUAUCACUACAACAGAAUCACACCCCUUUGUUUUCGAAACCAGCAUGGUGCAGAAUGAUCUCGA